CGGCGCUAUUACUAUCCGCGGCGCCUUGGCCUGCUUACUGUCCUAUAUACAUUCACAACUCGCGCGUCGUGCUCUACAAAAAUGGGCAAGGCCUCAAAGUCUAUGAAAAAGUUCGCUUCCAGUGGACAGCUCAAGAAAACCAUCGAAGCGAGACGGAAGCACCAGCAAGUACGGAAGAAAGUUCAGGGGAAGAAAUCCGGCAGGGCAAAGUCAAAAGUCGUCGACGACGUCGACGACGACAUGGAUGAUGAUGAGGAAGUUGAAGAGAAGCCUACUAGGAAAGGAAUGACUGUGGAUGACAUUUUGGGUGCUGGAUUCAUGGAAGGAUCUGACGCCGACGGUGACCAGUCGGAGGGUACGGACGACUCCGACAAUGAGGAAGAUGCCGCGAGUGACAACGAUUCAUUUGCUGAUGUCGACGGCUUGGAAGAUGAUGAAGGUCGAAAUCACCUUACGGAAUUAGCCAAACUCGCGGAAACGGAUCCGGAAUUCUAUAAAUACUUGCAGGACAACGACAAGGAGCUCCUGGACUUCAAUCCUUCUGCGGACGCUGCGGACCAUGGUGACCAGGACGAGGACAGCGAAGGGGACGCUGUCAUGGAUGAAGCCGUUGCACGUCCCAUUCUUUCAAGCGACAUCAUUCGAGGGUGGCAGAAGGCUCUCCUCGAGCAUCGAUCUCUUCGUGCCCUACGUAAACUGCUUGUCGCUUUCAAGUCGGCUGUGCAUAUGAAUGAGGAGGAUCAGAUGUUGGCAUGGAGCAUAGAUAACUCUUCUGUCUACAACAAGUUGAUCACCACUGCUUUGAGAUUUACUCCCGUGGUCUUGGAACACCAUGUGCCGUACAAGAAGUUGCCAAACGGCAAAUUUAAACCUCCUACACAAACUCAAAAGUUCAAGACUUUACAGAAACUUAUAUUGUCUUGUUUUCACAACAUCAUUCACCUCCUUUCUCAGCUCACUGACAAUGAGAUGAUCGAGCUCGCAGUCACUGAAAGUGCCAAGAUCGUUCCGUAUGUAGUUAGUAGCCGUAAAACCAUAAAACUUUAUCUUAAAAAAUGUCUAGAAUUAUGGUCGAGCGCCGGAGAUAGUAUACGGAUAGCAUCCUUCCUCGCCAUAAGAAGACUCGCUUCGGCCACGGAUGAAUCCAUCCUGGACAAUGUGCUCAAGGGAACAUACCUCACUCUUGUCCGUUCCUCAAAAUCCACUACCGUACAUACCAUCCCUGCCAUCAAUCUGAUGAAGAAUUCCGCUUCAGAGAUCUUCUGCUUGGAUCAUGCGGCAUCGUAUCAACUCGCGUUUGGAUAUAUCCGACAAUUAGCCAUUCAUCUACGCAAUAGCAUGAAACUGAAAUCCAAGGAGUCAUACAAGCAGGUAUACAACUGGCAGUACGUCCAUUCGAUCGACUUUUGGUCGUUAGUGCUUGCCCGCGCCUGCGACGUGGAUCCCGGUUCCCAGGAAGAUGGCGACAGCGAACUAAAACCACUGAUCUAUCCUCUUGUCCAGGUUAGCCUCGGUGCCAUCAAGCUCAUUUCCAGCAAUAGAUCAUAUCCGUUCCAUCUGCAUGUCAUUCGUUCCCUGUUGCAUUUAACACGGCAUACACAAAUCUACAUUCCUAUCUCGCCUUACCUUCUACCGAUUCUCGCAUCUACCCUGUCGUCUCCAUCAAAACCAAGCACACUGAGACCUCUGGACUUUGAAGUACAGAUCCGCUGCCCACAGCAGUACCAAAAGACUAGAGUUUAUGUUGAGGGGUUGAUCGAGGAAUCGUCCUUCCUACUCGCGGAGUGGCUAUCGACCGCCGCGGUGCAGGGGAGCAUCGCGUUUCCUGAGAUAGCCAUACCCAUCCUUGUCACACUAAGAAGAAGUCUGAAGGCGGCAAGGGUUGGGUCAGGGUCUGGGAAAGAUCUGGGUGUCGUUAAGACUUUGAUUGAGCGUAUGGAGGAGAGUGCCAGGUGGGUUGAAUCUCGUCGGAAGAACCUCAAAAUUGCACCCGGACGACAAGGUGAUGUUGAUGCAUGGCAGGAAGAGACCAAGGGUAAGGCUGGGGACUCACCAUUGGCACGAUAUGUCAAGGUCCAGCGGAAAGUCCGAGAAAAAAGAAGAGAGUUGGUCGAAAAAGCUCGUGAAGGCAAAGCCGAAAUUCUAUCUGACUAGCUGACGACCGUACACGUUUCGUCGUUGCCAUUACAUUUAAUUUGCGAGGAUUUUUUUGUGAUCUCUGCUCUUACGUGCCAUGAUUUGUAUGCGCAGUUGUAAUACCUGCGGUUUCAAUAAUCGUUGUCAAGGUUGCAACUACCCUAAAGACAGACGCCAACUAUGACUGCUCAGGCACGAUUUACAACGGAAUUCAAAAUAUGCGAUAACGAGACCUGAAACCCGUGGAAGUGUAUAUGAUUCAGGGACAGAAGAUAUUUCCAUGAAUUAGUGUCAGUAAAUCUUUUAUGAAUAGUUCCGUGACUUUCGUCCUCCG